UUUGUCCUUUUGAAGAAGGAUGUGGAUGAGGCCUACAUGAACAAGGUUGAGCUGGAGUCCCGUCUGGAAUGCCUGACUGACGAGAUCAACUUCCUGAGGCAGCUGUAUGAUGAGGAGCUGCGUGUAAUGCAGUCUCAGAUCAAUGACACUUCUGUGGUCUUGUCCAUGGAUAACAACCGCAGCCUGGACUUGGAUGGCAUCAUUGCCGAGGUCAAAGCACAGUAUGAAGACAUUGCUGCCAAGAGCCGGGCUGAAGCAGAGAGCAUGUACCAGAUCAAGGUGAGCCACCACCCCCUGCACACAUACACCUGGUUUACUACUGGGUGAUGAGGGCUGGGCUGG